AUGGGCUCCGGCAGAUGGGUCCUGCUCAUGGUUUUCCUCUUCCAUCUGCCCGAAUCGAGAGGAGCCUUGGAGGGUAAACGUUUCAGCGUGGGAUUUCUGGAGAGGGCAAAGGAGAAGGAUCUCUUCGAAUGGAUGGUUGGGGUGAGAAGGAGAAUUCAUGAGAACCCGGAGCUCGGGUACGAGGAGUUCCAGACCAGCAAGCUGAUUAGAGACGAGCUUGAUGCCAUGGGUAUCCCCUACAAGCAUCCCAUCGCCGUCACCGGCGUCGUCGGAGCCGUCGGCACUGGCGGCCCCCCCUUUGUGGCCCUGCGGGCCGACAUGGAUGCCCUCGCUGUGCAGGUUCGGAUUGCUGAAUCUCCUUCGAUUUCUUUUUUCUGGACCCAGUUGUGGAUUUUUUCUUCUUCCCGACGGAUCCCUUGCGCCUCUCUUCUUCUUCUUCUUCUUCUUCUUCUUCUUGCGAUCAUACUUCCGUUCAUGGUCUUCUACCCUUUCUUCUUUUCUCUAAUGGCCUGAAGAUUCAUCGAUUCACGGGUCCUCCACGGGUUUGAUUUCUCUGCCAUGAGAAUUCUGCAAUCGGGGGUAGUGUUACCCGUCGUCGACGAGCCCCUCUUCACCUGCAGAUUCCUUGCUUCCUCUCCGGGAUUCCUUCGGAAACUGCGAUUCGUUUUGUUAUUUAUUUAUCGUGGAUCAACCGCAGGAGGGUCUGGAGUGGGAGCACAAGAGCAAAGUCCCGGGGAAGAUGCACGCCUGCGGGCACGACGGCCACGUGGCGAUGCUGCUCGGAGCGGCAAAGCUUCUUAAAGAACAACAAGAGCAUCUACAGGUUUCCGCCUCCCCUUUCUCUUGCUCUCUAUAAUGAAUAGAUCAUUCUCGUCACCAUGAUCUCAGGCGAGCCCCUCGCCGAUCCUCCCCAGAUCUCUGUGCAUCUGCACCGAGGGAAAAGUUUUGGAUCUCGGCUGGAGUUUCUGAGCCUGAAAAUAGGAGGUUUCUUCCUCUCCCCUUCUUGUUCUGAGAUGGGUUACAUGGGGAAUAUUCUUGGAGUCCGCCCCAUGGAGAAAUGUUUGACAUUCUUCCUUGUUUGACCUUUUAGGGCGUCUUCCUCUCUCCAUCUUUCAGUCAAAUGCUAAUAAAUGUUUAAUAUGUAUCUUCAUUAAGUGGGGAUCUUCAGGAGUCAGAUCUAGAGAAUGAUGUGACUCGUGUUCCAACAGUUUUUUUUUUUUUUCAGGCAAUUGCGACAGUUUUUUUUAUGGUCUUAGUUGACAUUUAGUGCCAGCUAAUAACAUCACUGGGUUUUAUUCUUAGCCAUGAUGAUUCUGUUCAUCUAAGGUGGGAAGAUGAUGGCGGUCAACGGCUACAGAAAAGGAUGGAUGAGGGAACUGUCUAGGGAUGAGAAUGCCUUUGGGGGAACGAAGAGUGCCUCUGUGUGUUGGAUGAAGAGAGUGUGGGUAAGGCAGGGGGAGAAAGUCAAAGGUUGACGUUCCUAGGAGCCAUCCAUGGUACUCCAUCAAGACAGCCGCGGAUUGUAGAUAUCUCAUACACGGAUCCCCAACUUCAACGCAGCCGCGCAUGUGAAUAACCAUCAUAGAAAUCCUCUGUCCUUCUUCGCAGCGGGCAAUCCCCUGAGAUCUCAGGUGGUGGUUGACUUUCUGUUGAAUGAAGAUCUUUCCCUCAAUUAGAAUGUAAAAUCUCCAGCCUUUAGGGAUUUCUUACACAUGGGUCAGAGCUGACCAUGGUGCUCCGGUCUGCAGAUCUUUGAGGAACAAGGGUUGACUGUGCGCCACUUUUAUCAGUAAUCUCUUGAUGCAAUCCACAUUCUAUCAUCUCAAGCCCUGGUUGUCAAAAUAAAGUCAGAUCAGCAUGUCAAACAGAGACCCGGAUGGGUAGCUGCUCGCUGAGAGGCCCAGUACUUUCGUUAGUUGGGUGAUAUUGCUAUGUUCUUGGUGACACUUUUCAUAGAUCUUGUGAUUUGGGCUUUUACAAGCCGCCAUAGCCACUGGUUUCAUGUCUACUUCUUGAUGUAGAUUGGUCAAUCAAGUGCCUAGAUUGUUCAUACCACUGUCGUUUUUAUGCCCAUACCCUAAUUGCUAGGGUAGUUUUUUUUUCAAGCAUAGGCUCUAUUUGAUCUAUCCAAAGUCUUUUCUGGGUAGUGGACAUUGGGGUGAGGAUGGUUCGUAAAAAGACUUCCUGUUGGAAGUGCAACGAAUCAGUAUGAGAAGCAGUCACAAGAUCACAUGAAGAAUUUUGGAUAGUUUGGUCAACCCUAUGCGAAGUCAACUCCGUAGGCUAUUAUCGUCAUCCCAAGACACUAACCGACCUGAAUUCAGCCUACAUGUGGUGCUUCUCAAAUCUUUAUACCAUGAGCGAGUUCUUGCCCAGUUGCACGAGGUAAGAAAAAAAGGAAUAGCAAAUGUAUGCCUUGUGGCUAGGAGCAAAGACUAGACAGAAAUUGCUUUAAUAAGUCAACGGCUUGUCUAACUCGCUAACAAGCUAGCACUUGCUAUUUUUGACAGCUUGGAUCUCUUGUUAGCAAGAGGUUUUGGUCGUGUCAGCUUCAAAUAUAGGCUAAUAUCCGUCAGAAUCACGUUCCUAUUUUUGACUUGUAUCCGGCAGGUGUCAACUCUUGUCAAGUCCUUGGCGGGACAUUAUUCGAUGUGUAUGUCUGGUUGACACCUCGGUUGACUUUUUGUCCUCUGGUUGCUAUUAUUCAAUGGGUAUGUUUGGUCGACACCUCGGCAGGCUUUCACAUGUUCUAAGGCUCUCUGUGACUUUUAUUUAUUUAUCAUCUUGGAAGAGAAAUUGAGCCCCUGCUCUGUAGUGAUCUGGUUUUCAGAAUGGAAAACCAUAUUUGAUGGAGAAAAAUAAUCCUGCUGGGGCUCCUCUGCUGAUUAAAUUUCUUUAUUUUAUUUUCCAUUUCUUCCGGUGAAGAGACGAUUUAUAGCUUCAUUUUCCCGCACAGAUUAUCAGAAAAUGAGAACAAAAAUUGUCAAAAAGGCCUAAAAAUACUGCGCAUCGGACCCAUGCUUCAUUAAUAUUAUUAGUAUUUUUAAUUCCCGAAUUUUUCUUUAUUCGUUCAAAAUGCAGGACCUCUCUCUCUCUCUCCAAAAUAAUCCCCUGAAUCUUUCCAAAUGUGGAAAAAGUCGACGUUUUUCACUAUCCAUGUGAGCGACUCUAUCGGGUGUGCCCGUUUCACAGCUGACCCACGGGGUCAGCCAUCCAGUGCAAAACUGCCUGGAUAUGAGUGGAAGAUGGCCGGUCAACGGGAUCACGAGAUUUUUUCUAAUUAUCAGAUGAUUUGCAGCAAGAUCGACGGACCCUUUUUAAUGAUUGAAUUAUUUUAAUCUGCAAUUGUUUCCGGGGGAGGAAAAAACAAAUUGAAUGAGGUUUUCUGGGUUAUUUUUAUUUAUUUAUUUAUUUAUUUAUUUCUCUCCAAACAGGGCACUGUUCUUCUGCUCUUCCAGCCAGCCGAGGAGGGCGGAGGCGGCGCGAAGAGGAUGAUCGACGAGGGGGGGGUGGAGAACGUGGAGGCCAUGUUCGGAUGCCACCUGGACGGCUCGCUCCCAGUUGGCGUGGUGGCCUCGAGGGCGGGACCCAUACUGGCCGGAUGCGGCUUCUUCGAGGCCGUCAUCAGCGGCAAAGGCGGCCACGCCGCCAUUCCCCAGGAAACCAUCGACCCCAUCCUCGCCGCCUCCAACGUCAUCGUCAGCCUCCAACACCUGGUUUCUCGUGAGGCUGAUCCCUUAGACUCACAGGUAGUAGUAAUCCCGUAAAUCUUUCUUUCUCUAGAGAGAGAGAGAUGAUGGUGAUGAUGAUCUUAUGGGCAAAUGGAGUUGGGCAGGUGGUGACGAUAGCGAAGUUCCAAGGGGGGGAUGCGUUCAACGUCAUCCCGGACUCGGUGACCAUCGGCGGGACCUUCAGGGCCUUCUCCAAGGAGAGUUUCGCCCAGCUCCGGCAGCGGAUAGAGGAGGUAACCUCACCCUUCUUCUUCUUCCCCUCUUAAAGACAAAUAGAGAGAGAGAGAGAGAGAGAGAGAGAGAGAUCGUCUUCUUCUUCUUCUUCUUCUUCUUCUUCUUCUAGGGUUUCUUCCUCUUCUGAUCUUGGUUGCGACGGUAGGUGAUAAAGGGGCAAGCGGCGGUACAGAGGUGCAGAGCCGAGAUUAACUUCAAGGCAAAAGAUCUGCCCUAUUAUCCGGUGACGUUGAACAGCGAAGAGCUCCACGAGCGCUUCUCCAAGAUUGCCGGGGAGAUGAUCGGCCCCCAGAAUGUGAGGACCCGCUCGCUGACCAUGGGAUCCGAGGAUUUCGCCUUCUUCUCCGAAGCCGUCCCCUCCGCCUUCUACUUCUUCGUCGGCAUGAGGAACGACUCCCUGCCGCCGCCGCCGAGCCACUCCCCAUUCUUCACCCUGGACGAGGCGGCGCUCCCUUACGGCGCCGCCCUCCACGCCGCCCUCGCCGCCCAUUACCUCGCCGACGCCGCUGCGCCGCCGACGCCGCGUAAGGAAGCUCACGACGAGUUGUGA